CGGGCUCUCUGCCCCCCUCCCCCCCGCCCCCCCCCCCCCACUACAAAUAGGGCGCCCCCCGCGCGCGCCCCCUCAGACCCCCCGCGCCCCCCGCGCCGUGAGGAGCCGCCGCCGACGCCACUAUGGGGAGGAAGUCGAGCAGGGCCAAGGAGAAGAAGCAGCGGCGGCUGGAGGAGCGCGCGGCCAUGGCCGCCGUCUGCGCCAAGGUCGAGGCCGCCAACAAACUCCAAGACCCCCUGGAAGCCUUCCCCGUGUUCAAGAAGUACGACCGGAACGGUCUCAACGUGUCCAUCGAGUGCCGACGCGUCUCCGGUCUGGAACCUUCCACCCUCGACUGGGCCUUCGAGCUGACCAAGGCCAACAUGCAGACGCUGUACGAGCAGAGCGAGUGGGGCUGGAAGGAGCGGGAGAAGCGGGAGGAGCUGCGGGAUGAACGCGCCUGGUACCUCCUGGCCCGGGACCCCGACACGGCCCCCGUGGCCUUCUCCCACUUCCGCUUCGACGUCGAGGCCGGGGACGAGGUGCUGUACUGUUACGAGGUGCAGCUGGAGAGCCGGGUGAGGAGGAGGGGGCUGGGCAAGUUCCUGCUCCAGAUCCUACAGCUUGUGGCCAACAGCACGCAGAUGAAGAAGGUGAUGCUGACGGUGUUCAAGCACAACCUGGGCGCGUUCCAGUUCUUCCGGGAGGCCCUGCAGUUCGAGGUGGACCCCACGUCCCCCAGCGUGUCCGGCUGCUGCGGGGACGACUCGUCCUACGAGAUCCUGAGCCGCAGCACCAGAUUCGGGGACCCCCACCCCGGGGGGGGCCCCUGCGGGGGCUGCUGCCACUGAGCCCCCCCCCCCCCGAGCCCGGGAUUUCACCCCAAACCACCCCCCGCCCACGGGGGAGCGGCCUGGCCCUGCUGGGACCCCCCCAAACGGGUGACAGACCCCCCCUUUGCCCCCCCCCAAACGUCUCUGCGGGGGAGGAGGGGGGAGCACAGGUGAAGUUUGGGGCCGGAAGGGGCGUUUUGCCCCCUUUUUUUUGGUUUUUCGUUCCUUUCUGUUCGUUUUUUUCGGCGGGUUUGUUUGUACGGCACAAAUAAAUUACGGUGGACCUUUG